CGGUGGGUGGGCGGCCGCGUCGGGGUCGGGCCGGGGGGUCUGGUGCCGCGAUGCUGCAGCUGCGGGAUUCGGUGGACUCGGCGGGCACGAGCCCCACGGCGCUGCUGGCGGCCGGUGAAGAGGUGGGGGCGGGUGGGGGCCGGCCGGGGGCGGGCACGCCUCUGCGCCAGACGCUGUGGCCGCUCAGCGUCCAUGACCCCACGCGCCGCGCCCGUGUUAAGGAGUACUUCGUGUUCCGGCCCGGCACCAUCGAGCAGGCGGUGGAGGAGAUCCGCGCGGUUGUCCGGCCCGUGGAGGACGGCGAGAUCCAGGGGGUGUGGCUGCUGACCGAGGUGGACCACUGGAACAACGAGAAGGAGCGGCUGGUGCUGCUCACCGACCAGUCGCUGCUCAUCUGUAAAUACGACUUCAUCAGCCUUCAGUGCCAGCAGGUGGUCAGGGUGGCGCUCAGUGCGGUGGACACCAUCUCCUAUGGAGAAUUCCAGUUUCCGCCGAAAUCACUCAACAAGCGAGAAGGCUUUGGGAUUCGCAUUCAGUGGGACAAGCAGAGCCGCCCGUCUUUCUUCAACAGAUGGAAUCCCUGGUCCACCAAUGUGCCCUAUGCCACUUUCAUAGAACACCCGAUGGCCGGUGUGGAUGAGAAGACUGUGUCUCUGUGCCGAUUGGAAAGCUUCAAGGCACUGUUAAUCCAAGCUGUCAAAAAAGCCCAAAAGGAAAGUCCUUUGCCAGGACAAGCAAACAGUGUGCUGGUCUUGGAGCGCCCCCUCCUCAUCGAGACCUACGUGGGAUUGAUGUCCUUCAUCAACAAUGAGGCCAAACUGGGUUAUUCCAUGACCAGAGGCAAAAUAGGCUUCUAGAUGUCAGCACCAUGGGAGGGAGCACUUCCAGGAAAGCCCAGUGGACUGGGGACUCGGAGAGUAUGUGACCAUAUGCCAGCCCUGCUGCAGCUGCAGGGAUUUGGGCAUCACUUAGGGAUCUGAGUGCAAUUAGAAUAGUCAAGUGAAUCAAUCCUGUAUAUAUUUAGAUACUGGACCUGGUAACUGAGCUACAAAGGCAAAUGACUGGCUGAUGUGCUGCUGGUAUUCCUUCUGUAGUCUGAUUUAUGUUUUCCUGAGGGCACCUAUUUGGCCUCUGGGGUUCUUCCUGGCCCAGCCACUUCAGCAUGCUGAGAGUGUGAGCUCACUUUUCCACUUCUGCUGCAUGAACUGCGGGACACAGGGAGGGACCAGUGUCUCUAGUGUCUGCACUGCACAGAUGUUCACACUUGUGUCAAGUUUUGUAUUUUGAAGUUCAAUCCAUUUUUUUAAACUAAAUGCAAACGCAGCCAGUAGACUAGUCACAAGUAAGACGCAGCCUGUGCCUGCUCAGCUCUUAGUGAACAGCCUCUCUCUUGUAAAUGGGUUCCACCUAAAGUUUACUCUUUCUGAAAUUAAUCCAAGUUGUGUUAAUACUUCCGGCAUCUUUCCCAGGCCCACAGAGGUUUAGAGAACCAUUUAACACAACUUACUACCUUGAGGACGUCACCAUGAUUGUUCUUUACACAAUUUUGACAGCUAAAUACGUAUCCUGAGUUUGUAUCAUUCUAUUCACAUUUAAAAGGAGUUAGGGAGUUUGCUAUUUAAAGAAUGCACUUUCAUGAAAGGAGCAGUGCCAGCCACCCAGGUCCCUGCAGCCCCCUCCAUAGAUCCCAGGUGGCAUCAGAGCCUCUCACUAGCCUGCCUGAGCUUCUGUGCACCUCCCCUGCCACCACACACAGCUCUUUGUGUGGCUGAAGCACUUCUUUCUGCGAAACUUUAAAUGCUGGCUGGUCAGUUUAUUCCUCCUUAUUUACAGUUCUGUUGCAGCUUUAUGCUAAGUGGUCCUAAUGGGACCAGAGCGCCAUGGCCUGUCCAAAUUGAAAGGCUGUCUCAAAAGUGCACCCGAGUCUUCAGCCUGUGCUUUUGGUCUUGUAGUAAAGACAUUUAGAACCAAAUGGAUGUUGCUCCUUUUUUUAAAGUUACUGUCAUUAAAAGAGGUGCAUCAGCAAGGAAGCAGCUCUGUAGGCCUGUAUGGAGUUUUGUAGAUCUGUCAGCAUGCUCUGCAGAGCAAUGAUGCACACCCUCCCUGGUCUGGUCCUCUUAAGGAAAUGCAGGUGGUGGAACUGCAGUCCAGGCUGAAUCCUGAUUCACCAGCCCUGGUGCUGUGGCCUGGCUGGCACAAGCUAGAGGUGCCUGGAGCUGUGCAGGGUGGGCCAGGUGUGUCCUCACAUUGCCAGGUGGAGACCAUGGGCACUGUUCCCAAGCCCAAAGGACUUAGGACUCCCUGCAGAACUGAUUCAGCAGGCCCGAGUAACCUUGGCCAGCUGCCUGCUUGACAUGCCUGAAGGUGGCCCUGGCCUCAGGUGCUCGGGACUCUCCACACUCCAAAGCAGACCCUACCACAGAGAGGCCAAGUGCCCCACAGAAAGCUGCUCUUGUUCUACAAUGUUCAGUGACUGAAAGUAGUGGACCCAUAGCACAAUGAAGCCCUAGGGGAGGGGCUCCAUUACUUUCUGCCUGAGACCAGAAGGUAACCUGACCUAGAAGCCUUUCAAGGAAACAAGUCAGCAGUCUA